AUGUCUGCUAAUGAUAUACUUGACGUUUUAAACAUUCAACGAGAUGAAUCAUCGCAACAACCCGUUAGAAAGAAACAAAAGACUUCCGGAUCAACUCCCACCGCACCGGAUGGUAAACAAUUAACAGGCAUGGCAAGAGAAUUGUACAAUUUGGUUGGUCCAAAUACACCACCUAUAAAUAUUAACUCGAGUAAUUAUAAUUCAAAUAAAGAGAAAUUUAAAAAAUUUAAACCGUCACCCUGGACAAAUAUGCAAUUCAAACCAAAAGAAGGUAUUGUAUUAAACCAUUGGGUAAAAGGGUCCAAGGAAUUAUUAGAAGAAGAACAGAAAGAAGGAGAAAUAAAACCGUAUUUUUUUGAAAAAUUCAAUGUCAAAUUGGAAAUCCCCGAAUUUGUUGAUGAAGAGACUUUUGAGAAGUAUAUGAAAGAAAUAAAAGAAUAUGAGAAGAAGUUGAAAGAAGAAAAAGAAGCAAGAGACAGAGAAAGAAAGGAGAGAGAAUUAAAAGAAUUAGACGAAAAGAAGAAGAAGCAACAAUUACUUCAAAGUAAGCAAGAAGAAAAGAAUAACAAGAAGCUUAGCAAGUUGCAAAAGAAGGAAGACCAAAAGAGCAAAGAUAACAAGACUGAUGACCAAAAAAAUGGACAAGAUAACAAGGAGGAAAACAAAAAGGAUGAUUCAACAAAAGAUGAAAAAGUAGACGAAGAAAAGAAAAAAGAGUCAAAGAAUCUGGAUGAUUUUGAUAAGAAUAAACAAGAGAUAACAACUGAAGCAAGCAAAGACAAUAUUGACAAAAAGUCAAAUGAUGGACCUAAAACGGAUUCCACCAAUGAGAAGGAAAAGAAAGAUGAUACCGUGAAGGAAAAAGGAGAAGAGGGCAAAAACAAACCAGAGGAAGAGGAAGAUGAUACAGAUCAACAAUGGACAUAUCAAGAAACAAAACAUUUAUUCGAGCUUUGUCAAGCAUUUGAAUUAAAGUGGCCCGUAAUCCAUGAUAGGUUUCCAAAUCCAUAUCGUACAGCUGAAGAUUUGAAGGAGCAAUUUUAUAGAAUGUGCAUUAAGAUAUUAGAGAACCAAGAGAGUAACAACCAGGCUUUGAUUGAUUCCCUUCGAGCAUAUUCAAAACCUCGAGAAUUGGAACGAAAGAUAUAUCUCGAAAACUUAUUAAAGAGAACACCUGCCGAGAUUGCCGAAGAAGAAUCGUUAGUAAUUGAAGCAAGAAGAUUUGAGUUGGCAGCAAAGAAAAUGUUGAUGGAACGUUCUAAUUUGUUGUCAUUGUUGGAUUCACCACAAUCAACCCAAAAUGUAUCUCAAUACCAAUCGUCUCAAGGUAUUACAAAUCUUUAUAAUAAUUUAUUGGUAUAUGACAAUCGCCAAAAGAAGAAAUUAGCAAGUAAACACCCACAACAGCAACCACAAGAUCCUGUACCUCCACCAAUUCCACUUGUUGCUUCGUCUUCUAUUAAAAGAGAUCGUAGUUUCCAGACUCAUUUGCAACAAUACUUGUCCAGUUUAUUAAAACAAAAUCACCACACAAACCCUACUAUCAAACAAGAAGCAAAUGCAAUACAACAAUUAUUGAUGAAGAGAUUAACACAAAAAGAAGAAGAAGCCUAUGGUGUAUACUAUCAUGGCACUGAAAAGUUAACUCCUGGUGUAAGCUUGCGAUCGCAACAAAAGUUGCCGGGUUUAAAUCAAAGACAAUCUAUUUUAAAGUCUGUUAAUUUGAUUUUAGAAGAAAUGGAUAUUCCUACUGCCGGUGGAAACAAUUGGAAACCUAUUAUGCCAACACGAAAAACCAUGAGUAAAUAUGAUGAAUUGAUUAGAUCUGUAGUGACAUUGUUGGAUGUCAAAAAGGCAAAGGAUAAAUUGGAAUCGGAAAUUAAACUUAUUAAAAGCCAAAGAGGUCUAUAG